CUCGGUUUGUAUAUAUGAUAACAACAACUAACAGGGUGAAUAUAGCUCGCUGUUCUGAACUACUACAUACGCUCAGCAUAAUUUGACAGAAGACAGCCCUAUAAACAGACGCGGUUCACAGCUACGCGUUUUUCCCACUGUUCAGUUCGGUGAACAUCAUGUCCAUCAACGCUUAUAUUGGCGAUGCUGAGCCAGCACCACCGGUUUUGGCUCAUACCAUGUUGCCGUCUGGCUCAUCAGCAGAGACAAAGCAUCAACAAGAUCAACAACACUCCGCGGAACAAAGCUGGAACCUCUCAGAUGACGUGCAAAAAGGACUUCAAGAUAGUCCAGACAGCGUUUUCAAAUAUGGCAUAGUCAUUGGCUUCUCCAGGCUCAGAGACGCACAUAAGGAGACGAGUGAUGAGGAUGAGUACAUCGGAAGACUCCCGCGCCACCUCCUCACAACCCACCUACUACACCAACACCAACAUGACACCCACCAACCAAAAACCUACAUAAUCCACCCGGCCAACUUCAGCGCCUUCACCCCCCAACGCCUCCUCACCUCCCUCCUCAACAAACAACAACAGCAACAACCUCCUCUAUCCCGAACCCAAGCAAUCACCCUCCUGGACUCCGUCCAACUCUUCCCCGUCUACGACUUCAACGCAGCCGCACAAGCCAUCCACGAAAUCGCAACCACCAUAUCUCCAGCCACCACACCAUCAAUAGAACCACCACCACCACAUCAAGAACAUAUCAUAAUAAUCACAGGCCUGGACACCCUAACCGAGGGUGUAAUCCGAGCUUCGAACCCCCUGCGGGGAUCAGCUAUGCUCACGUCUGUGUUACGAACAUUAACGCAGUUGACGCGAACGCACGGGUCGAAUCUCUCUGUGAUGCUGGUGAAUACUAGUGGAUUGGGAAAGAUGGCGUCGACUCAAAGUGGAGGUGUGGGGGAGGUCGAUGUUGGUGGCAGUGGGGGAUUGUAUGAAAUGGAUGAUGGCGAGGGGAUUCAGUCUGCGUUUCGUGCGCAUAGUGGUGAGAUGUUUCCGAGUCUGUUGAUGAGGACGCUGGAUCAGGGGAUUGAUACCCAUUUGUUGGUGUCGAGUAUUGGGAGUGUUCCGGUUGUGGAGGUUAUUAAGGAUAGAGUAGGUGGGAAUGUUGGGAGGUGGUGUGUUUGGGAGGGUGAGGUUUGA